AUGGACCUUGGAUUUAAGUUGACAGUUCCUGUAAUGUCCGACGCCUUUCAUAUCUUUGAAAAUCGUCUUGAAAUUAUUGGCGAUACAUUAAUAGAAGCAUUUGGAAAUGUACGGAAUGAAUCCGGCGCAACAAUUGCUAGUAAUUGUCUUGGAGAUGUCAUCAAACCAGAAAAAAACUUGAAAAAACAAGAUGUGUUAUACUUUUUAUAUUCGAAAAUCCAUCAAAACAAUAAAGAGGAGGUUAUCAUGAAAAUUUUGGAUAUGCAUAAAGUUGGCCUCCAUGGAUUAGAAGAACCAAUUAAAUAUAGAUUCCUUACAUUAUCUCCUAUAUUUUACAAAUGGGUUAUUGAAGCAUUUGACCCAUGUACAGAAAUAACCAGAAAAUGUUUUGAUGACAUCCUUGAAUCUCGUAUUUGUGCAGAUUUGUAUCUUCAACAGAAUCCUGGCCAAGAUAUUCCCGGGGACAUGACAGAUAGUGCAUUUAAAGCUAUUCGUUCUUUGUAUCGUGAUUAUUGUAAUGAAAAUGUGCCAUUUGGACUUUCACAUUUGCAAUACUUGACCAAAUCUCGUGCUAUAGACAUAAUUCGGCCCUUUUUUGAAAUCGCGUUACCAAAUAUCCUUCAGAAUAAUGGAUCAAACCGACUCAACAACGAUUUAAAAUUCAAUUAUAAAAAUGAUGUAGAUGCCAGCGAGUGGAUUAAAAAGCUC